GCGAGCGGCGCUGGGUUCACAUCAUCACACCUCCCGCCGAACCGAGAGCGAGCGCGUGAGCUGACCGAUGACCCCCCGCGCUCCUGCACGUCUCCCGCAGUAUAAUGACGGAGAGUGACGCGGGCGUGUUCGCCGAGCUCCGCGUUUCCCCGAACGGACUUGUGCGCUGAGAUCAGCCCCCGAGCUCCUGCCUCCGCGGGCAACUUCUUCAGAUCCCUCGUCUCGGAGCGAGAACGCCGCGCGCCCCGCUCCAGAGUGCGCGAGAAGCGCUUCCGCGGACCCCGUACAUGCUAUGCGCGUGCUCUGCCAAACCAAACCGACCCGCGUUAGAAUGAACCCUGAACACUGAGCGCCUGGUUUGGAUUUUUUUUUGUUUUUGUUUUUGUUUUGUCGCGUCUCUCCGGUGCGCGGUCCACGAGUAUUGACCGUAGUGCGGACAUUCACGCCACCGACAGAAGAUCUCGGACGUCUCGACACUUGCUCCGCCGUCCGCCGAGCCGCAGAUGCGCGUCAAAGUCGACUGAAGCAAGAGGAAUAUACGAGUCCGAGCGCGCUGUAGCGAUGCUGCAAGUGGAAAUGGUCAUAUUCGUGGGUGUGAUUCUGUGGAUGUGUGUAUUUAGUCAAGAGCCCAGCUCAAAGGUGAUGGCCGAUCGAUACGCUGUCUACUGGAACCGAACCAACCCCAGGUUCCACCGCGGAGACUAUCACAUCGACGUCUGUAUAAACGACUACCUGGACGUGUACUGUCCGCACUACGAGGACUCGGUCCCCGAGGAGAGAGCCGAGCGCUACGUGCUCUACAUGGUGAACUACGACGGCUACAGCACGUGCGAUCACACGGCCAAGGGCUUCAAGCGCUGGGAGUGCAACCGGCCGCAUUCCCCCAACGGCCCGCUCAAGUUCUCCGAGAAGUUCCAGCUCUUCACGCCGUUCUCGCUGGGCUUCGAGUUCCGGCCGGGCCGGGAGUAUUACUACAUCUCCUCCAUGAUCACAGAAACCGGGAGAAGGUCGUGUCUCAAGCUGAAAGUCUUCGUGAGACCACCGAAUGGCUGCGAGAAAACCAUAGGCGUUCAUGACCGCGUUUUUGUCGAUGACAAAGUAGACAAUGCAUUAGAACCAAGAGACGACACCAGUCACGAGGCCGAACCGUCCCGGAGCGACGUGUCGACUUCAGGCCUGCGGCACCAAACGUCGGGGCCCCUGCUGGCCCUCCUGCUGCUCUGCAUCUCUGUGUUCCUCACCUUAUAGCCCCUCACCGGCCCCGACUUGAGAUCCACCAGGAACACUCCUGCUGCGCUUUGGUUUUGUUUUCCGAUAUUUAAGUGGUCCUUCGCUGUCUUUGAUUACGAAAAGUCGAUUAGCCGUGCAAAGAAGAAACGCAGAGCGCCCGUUUAACCAAUCGACCGGCGGCCGGUCGCUGGGGAUUGGCUGUUGGGAGGAAGGGGGCGGAGUCUCCGAUUUGAUUUGGGUCCAUUGGGAGCAAGUGGCUCUUUUGUGGGCAAUUAAAGGGUUUUUUUUAAGGUGGGUUUCACAUAAAACAGACAUAAACAUCAACCCGAGUUCACCGGCUCUGCUGUUAGCGAUAUUAUAUAUACACAAAGACUCUUGCCUUUCGUCCUUCGUCUGCCUUCCCUUAACAAAUUGCAGAACGCAUCGGAGGAAGCGGUCUGUAAUGCGUCUCUCCGCAGGAUCUUUCCCAAUCCCUGGAAGACGUCGGGUGGUUAGUCUGUAUCGGUUAGUCUGAAUUUGGAUUUGAUUCUCUACUGCGAUUCGAGGGACUUGUCUUAGUAGACCGCACCACUAAAAAAAAAAAACAACAAUUUUGUAUUUUGUAAGAUAAACUUAACUGCAACAUAAAUAUCUAUAUUUUUCCUAUGACCUUUUAUCAAUUGAUAUGAGAUAUCAACAUUAACGGAUCAUGGAAAUUCUUUUCUUGUCAUAACUGUGACUCUCUAUUAGGAACCAAAUACAGAAAGGAGCUUAAGGAAGCAUUUGUUUGAAUAGGCCUUAUACUGUACGCUAUACUAAUAUCUCCUGGAAGUGCUUCGAGUUCAGCCUUUCCAUCGGGGAAAUAAAGUUUAGUCUCAUUUGUUGAUUUCA